AUGGCUGGUUACUCUCUGUUGCAUCCCUCUCCCCCAGCUCUUAUUAAUGUCAACUUUCAGAGAAGUGAAUUUGGUCAUUUCCACUCUUCAACCACCACUCAUCUUCUCAAUUCCAAGUCCACCACUCAUCCUAUCAGGUGCCAAUCAACUAGUACUGAUGAACCAAAAACAAGAAGAAAGUUACUGGACAAUGCAAGCAACCUCCUUACCAAUUUUUUGAGUGGGGGAAGCCUUGGGUCUAUGCCCAUAGCUGAAGGUGCAGUCUCGGAUUUGUUUGCUCGGCCUCUCUUCUUUGCAUUGUAUGACUGGUUCUUAGAGCAUGGCUCCGUGUAUAAGCUUGCGUUUGGACCAAAAGCAUUUGUUGUUGUAUCAGAUCCUAUUGUUGCAAGGCAUAUUCUUCGAGAGAAUGCAUUUAGUUAUGACAAGGGAGUUCUGGCUGAUAUUCUAGAACCAAUAAUGGGCAAAGGACUUAUACCUGCUGAUCUUGGUACUUGGAAGCAGAGGAGAAGAGUUAUUGCUCCCGGGUUCCAUUCCUUAUACUUGGAAGCAAUGGUUAAAACAUUUAGAAAUUGUUCAGAGAGAACAAUAUUAAAAUUUGAGAAGCUUCUAGAAAGAGAGAACUUGCAUGAUGAGAAGACAAUUGAGUUGGAUCUUGAAGCAGAGUUUUCGAAUUUGGCUCUUGAUAUUAUUGGACUUGGUGUCUUCAACUAUGACUUCGGUUCUGUUACUAAAGAAUCUCCUGUAAUCAAGGCAGUUUAUGGCACGCUUUUAGAAGCUGAACAUAGGUCCACCUUUUAUAUCCCAUAUUGGAAAUUUCCCCUGGCAAGGUGGAUAGUCCCCAGGCAACGGAAGUUCCGUGGUGAUCUGAAGGUUAUAAAUGAUUGUCUUGAUGGACUUAUCAGAAAUGCAAAAGACACCAGACAGGAGACGGAUGUUGAGAAACUGCAACAAAGGGACUACUUAAAUCUGAAGGAUGCAAGCCUACUGCGUUUCUUAGUUGACAUGCGUGGAGCUGAUGUUGAUGAUCGUCAGCUUAGGGAUGACUUGAUGACAAUGCUUAUUGCUGGCCAUGAAACGACAGCUGCUGUCCUUACUUGGGCUGUUUUCUUCCUUGCACAAAACCCAUCCAAGAUGAAGAAAGCACAAGCAGAGAUUGAUUCAGUACUUGGACAGGAUGGACCAAAUCUUGAAUCAAUUAAAAAACUGGAGUACGUAAGACUUAUUGUAGUAGAGUCGCUUCGUUUAUUUCCCCAGCCCCCCUUGCUUGUUAGACGUUCUCUCAAGUCAGAUACACUACCAGGAGGGUACAACGGUGAAAAAGAUGGUUAUGCGAUUCCUGCUGGGACUGAUAUCUUCCUUUCUGUAUACAAUCUCCAUAGAUCUCCAUAUUUUUGGGACAAUCCUAAUGAAUUUGAACCAGAGAGGUUUUUAGUGCCAAAGAAGAGUGAGGUUGAAGGAUGGGCUGGUUUCGACCCUUCUCGAAUUCCCGGUGCAUUGUACCCAGGCGAGAUUACAGCAGAUUUUGCCUUCUUGCCUUUUGGCGGAGGGCCAAGAAAAUGCGUAGGAGACCAAUUUGCCCUCAUGGAGUCAACUGUAACAUUGGCUAUGCUGUUGCAGAAGUUCACUGUAGAGCUAAAAGGGUCUCCAGAAUCCGUGGAACAAGUUACAGGGGCAACAAUCCAUACAAAGAAUGGAUUGUGGUGCAAAUUAAGGAAGAGGUCCGAUGUACAGUGA